AUGACGUUCCUCCUCCCGGCUCUUCUCUGCCUUGGGCUGAGUCUGGACCAGAGGAUGCAUUUGCAAGCAGGGACCCUCCCCAAACCCACCAUCUGUGCUGAGCCAGGCUCUAUGGUGCCCCCAGGGAGCUCUGUGACCCUCUGGUGUUGGGGGACCACAAAGGCCCAGGAGUACUGUCUGUAUAGAGAUGACAUGUCUACGUGCUCGGACAGACAGGAACCACUGGAGCCUGGCGACAGAGCCAAGUUCUUCUUAAAGAGAAGUUAUGCAGGGAAAUAUUCCUGUGCCUACCUCAGCCCCUCUGGCUGGUCAGAGCGCAGUGACACCCUGGAGCUGGUGCUGACAGGAAUCUACAAAAAGCCCAGCCUCUCAGCCCUGCCCAGCCCUGUCGUGCCCUUAGGAGGGAACGUGACCCUCCAGUGUGCCUCAGGGCAGGGAUUUGACAGGUUCAUUCUGACUAAGGAAGGAGAACACAGGCUCUACUGGACUCUGGACUCAGAGAAAAAUUCCAAUGGGCUGUUCCAGGCCCUGUUCACUGUGGGCCCCAUGAACUCCAGCCUCAACGGGACACUCAGAUGCUAUGGGUUUUAUAAGAAGAACCCCCAGCAGUGGUCUGACUCAAGUGACCCCCUGGAUCUACAGUUCUCAGGACUCCCCAUGGGCACCAGCCCACCACUCACAGAGCCCAUCGCUACAGCUGGUCUCACAUGGUACGAGUACGUCCUGAUCGGGGUCUUGGUGGCCUUCAUCUUGCUGCUCUUCUUCUUCCUCUUCCUUCGAUACAGGUGUCAGGGCAAAGGCAGGAUGUCAGAUUCUGCCCUGAAGGACCCACAGCCGGGGGAGACUAUGGAGCUGGACUCUGGGGCUGUUGUAUCUGACACCCCCAAGGACGUGGCCUAUGCCCACCUGAACCUCUGGGCUCUCAGACAGGAGACCAGUGCACCCCCUUUCUCCCUGUCAGAGGAUCCCCCAGAUGAACCCAGCAUGUAUGCUCCUCUGGCCAUCCACUAG